UGCGCUGCCGUUGACUUAACUUAAACUUAAAUAUAAUAUUAUGUUAUAUCGAUAGGUUAAAACUUAAAUAGAAUAUAGAUGUAUCUUGGAUGUUAUAGUUAUUUCAGUUCAGUAAGAGUAAAUAGAAUGGCUGUCUAAGGGUGCUUUGUCUCAAUAAUGUGCAUUAUUAUAUAGAAUGGCCGAGAAUUGCAGGCUCGGAAGUCAAAUAGACAGAAAGACUGCAACUAACGAUGAUGAAUAUUUUUGUGUAUUUAAUGUAUUAAGUGUGUUUAUAUCACUUGUUACAAUACUAGCCGAUUUAACAACAGAUAUCUUGGUUUUUGCUGAAUACUGCAAAGAUGGAUAUUUAUAUUGGGCCCUUGCUACUUUCAUAUUUAUGUUGUCUCCCAAUGUUCUAAUAAAUAUUUUUUCAAUAAGGUGGUUUAUUAUAGACAACAAAUCAACUAUCAAACAUUGGAUUACGCAUGGAUUCCUUGUAGGAUUAUUAGAAAGGUAUAUAAUAUUCUUGCGAAAAGUAUUUACCUGCAAGAACUUGGAAUCUGUAAAAACACAAAAGUUAAUAUGUCAAAGAAAUGAUUUGAGCCUUUUGCACUAUUUAUAUAUUUUUACGGGUACAAUACCACAGAUAAUUCUGCAAACAUAUGCUAUAUUGAUGUUAAAUGAGAACUAUCAUACUAAAGUGUUUGCACUGACAGCAUCAAUUGCGUCAGUAGUAUGGGGCAGUAUUACAUACAUCUAUAGCAUUAUAUUAUUAUCUAAUGAUACAUUUCAAUGGAAAUCAUUGUUAUUAAAACUAAUAUGGCAUUUUGGUAUGUUGAUCGGUAGAAUUGCAGGCAUUUUACUGUUUUCAAUUGUUUUUGGUAUGUGGACAUUAUUACCAUUGGUUUUACAUUGGGCUGCUAUGACUUUUUGGAUUGUUAUACAGAAAACAACUUUUUGUCCUAACAAACUUGAAGAGACAUUGUACAAUGCAGUCAUGGGAUUUGUCUAUUGUUUCUCAUUCAUAAAUUUACGAGAAGGUCAGACACGGUACAGGCUUAUGAUGUUUUAUACAUUCAUGGUCACUCAAAACUUUGGCAGUUUGUUUCUAUAUGUGCUAAUAACAGAUACUGAGAAACAAAGAAAACCUUGGUCGAUUGCUGCGACUAUCUGUAUAAUUGCGGGUACUAUUUUCGGAAUGUUUGCAAUGGUAUUGUAUUAUAGAUACUUUCAUUCUAAAGGGCCAAUCCCAUGGAAAUAUGCGGAGCCUGAUAUUGAACUGAAUAACAAAGCUUCUCAGACUGGUAAUAUUCCUAGUAAGCCCAGUUCAUUGUGUCAUGUCAGGUCAUUUAAAAGUAUGAAUAAAGAUAAAACUACAGACACGCCAAGCAAAGAUCCUACAAUAACAGAACAAGUUUCCCAAAUUGAAAGUGAGCAUGCAGAUAAGAAAUUCUUGCUCGAUCAUUGGAUCGCUAGAUCUGGAUCUCCGACAUUCACGUCCGCGCCUGUAGGCAACGUCAGCACCGAUGCUUCUAGUAUUGAAAUAUAUUCAAUAGAGAAUACUCCACAGUCUACUGCCACAAAACGGGACAAUUCUAAAAUCGAGCAAAUCACUUCAAAAAUAAAUAAAAAGAAAAUUAUCGCCCCACCAACAGAACUUACUUUAAAAGUACCCUCCGUAGAGAAUAUAGAGAAUUCAAUUGAUGAAAUUACCUCCAUAUUCUUUACACUUAAUUUGCAAAAACGAAGAGGAAUCUGUUCUUCAGAUGAAUUACGUAAUGAAUUAACUAAUUUAAAUUUAGAAGCUUGUAACAUUGUUAACGAAGAAUUUGCUAAAACAAUAAAAACUGAUCAUAGUUCCGAGAUAAGCCACGACACUGAUGGCUCUAAUAAAAAAACUUCGUCAGAUUCUAUAGAUAUGGAUUUGGAUUUAAGUUUCAGCGAUAUCAACAGUUCUGAUAUAAAUACGUUUAAUGAAAAUAUUGUGCAGAAAUUAUGUUUAAGUGCAUUAAAAAAUAUAAAAGUUGGUAACCAAGAUGCAGAUAUCGAGAACAUUCAAAGAAUAGCUCUUGAUAUACUCAAGGAAAUGUAUGCUAAGAAAGAUAAGAAGAAGAACGGUAUUAGCACUGAGUUAUUAAACUCUAAACAACGUGAUCUUGACACUCCGACUGAAAUUCUGUCAGUACAUGAUUAUGAAAAUAUUUGUGCAGUAAACAUAGCAAGAGAAGCGUGGGGCUUGCGAUCUUGGAAUGGUUACUGUGAUAUUGAGAAUUGGCUUCACGAUGGUAGUGUAGUUAGGGACAGGAGCAGAGAUACAUUAACAUCUGGUAGUUCUGAAAUCAGUAGUUGUAUUUCACAAGAUUUGAAGAACGCCAUAUUAUCAGCGCCGCCAUUUCCUAAAAAGGCUCACACGUAUUCAAAUGUAUUCGUAAAGUUCGAUAGGAGUUCUCAAGAAGAUUAUGCCAAUUCUGUGGUUUGCCAUUCAAACGAUGAAACUUUCCUGGCUAAGCCUUGUAUGAUAGACAAUGUUAAGGAUCCGAAUCAUUUGGAGCCUAUUCUUGAAGAGCUUGAUGACUUGGGUGACAUUGAUCCAGCUUGCAAAAAACGACUCAAUUCAGAAAGUUCACUCGUGGCGACAAUAGAUGAAAUACGUAAAGCAACAGUCACUAAUUCGCCUAGAAAUCUAUAUCAUAGACGUGAACAAUUUUUAGAUUCGCCGCAAUUUAAUUCUCCUUCAAAAAUUGAAAGUAAUCUGAAAAGGGCCCUUUGGAAAGAACCUUCCAAAUUUAACUCUAGUAAUAUAAUGGAGUCGUUACCUGAAAAAGAAAAUAUUUUGGAUGUCUUUCAUGGAUCCAAAUUUGAUACAAAUAAAAAGGAUCAAAACGUUUCUUCAUCAUCAUCGUCCCUAAAUUCUCAAGUAUCAUAUAAUAAAAGUACCUCACGACGGCAAAAGUCUAAUAUAUCUAAAACCAAAUCUCAUACGAAAAAUAAUAAUACUAGAUCCGAGCAUCAAGAUUUGUCAAGUAAAAACGUUGACUUUUUAUGGCAAAUGGUUUCUGAAAAUUCUCUACCGCUCAGUUCAAAUGAGGAUUUGAGCUUAAGUCGUAAAACGCCUUCGCUGCAAUCUCUGAUACAUAAAGAUGCUUCUUCAUCGUUUGUUAAUACGUCGACUAGUAAAAUUUCAAACAAUAAAAAAACUACUCGUAACCGCCCGCGGAGAAAGUUUUCCCUUUUAAGGGAAAGAUUUGAACCUAGGUUAAAUCUACAUUCAGAUGAAGAAAUUCUUUACAAUUCAGACAAUACAUUACACCAAUCAGAUAAUUGUAUAUUAAGGAAUCAACUGGACGUUAGAAGUGAACAUUUGAGAAGUGAAGAUGUAACUUCAACCGAUAAAAGACCUAAUUUUCAUGUAUCUGAAUCGAAAUCUGUAUCUGGUACAAAUAUUUAUGAUUUAUCUUCGAAACAGAUAAAGGAGAAAAGAUCUCUGUUUAUGAAACAGGUGUUAAGCCCACCAAAGUUUAACACCAAAAUAAAACAUAAAGCAUAA